AUGAGCCUAGAUGAGAUUAUUAAAGAGGCUGUAGGACUGCAGCAAAGAAAGGAGGAUGAGAAUACAUGGUCGAAGAUCAACGACGCACUCCUGAGGCUUGCUGCAGGGGUUAGAUGUGCUGAGGAAGCUCGGAAGGUGCUAGGGAGUGUGGAGGAGCUUAUUGUGAGGUCGAUGCAGAGUGACCGAUCGAGGCUUGCUGGAAGUGCGCUUGGGCUUCUUAAAAGCUGCAUCAGCAUUUUAGGAAGUGAGUUUGAAGCUGCAGGGCAAUAUCUGGGGCCGCUAGCCAAGGUAUGUGGGAAGAGCAGCAGGGUAUUUUAUUCAAGAGGAGAGGAUGUGCUUGUUGAGCUAUGCAAGAACGUGAACAUCAAGGCCCAUGCAAGGUUUUUCAAUGAGUACUCUAGCUGUGCCAACAAGAAUGUCAGGGUGGCGAUUUUCAAAGGGAUUGAGGCGUGGGGCGAAGCGUUUUCUGGGAUCGAGUUGUUUGAAGGGCUUGUGGCAAAGGGAAGAAAGGAUGCAUUUUCUGAUGUCCGGGAUGUGUGCAAAAGAAUGGCGGAGAAGUUUGGGCUUGAGGGAGAGAGGAAAGAGAAAGGAAAUGUCUGUAGGACGGAUGGAGAGAACCUUGAGAAUGGAAUGAAGAAGGGGCCUGUUAGGAUGGUUAGGAAGCCGAUCCGUGUGGGGCACAUGAUGAUGAACGAAAUGGAGGGAAGAGGUGUUGAGAAGAAGGAGCUUGUUCCGAGGUUUUCUCCGAUGCGAAAGCAAACGAGGACGGGGGAUGGGGAUUAUGAUAAGAUCAAGGAGCUGUCGAGGCAAGUCAAGGACAUAGCUUCUGAUAUCAAGCCUGAUGCGAGAACUGAGAGAAGUGGAAGGUAUGGAGGAAUAGCAAAUAAGAUCAAAGAGAUGGUCUGUGGAGAAAGUGGUAGGAGCGGGGUUGUCCAUCCUGAGUUGAUUGGGGAGGCAUCGAAGAAAGUGAUAAGCCACGAGGACCUCACGCCUAUGAAGCUGGAUAGGUAUCUUAGUAAGUAUCGCGAGGAGCAUGGAAAUCUUGGGCACAAGAAGGAGAGCGAGACUAGCAUGGGGUUUGAGGUUAAGGAUACCGAGGUGGGCGAAGAGUGUAUGAAGGUGGAUGAGAGAAAGAACGAGACUACUGAAUGCAAGGAACUGGAUGAGUGUGGGGUGGAUAAAGAGGAGGACAACAAGAAAGAGAAGAUUGUUGUUGAGGAUGAAAGCUUUGUUGAAGAGAUGGUUGAGAGCCUGGACGAUGGAAAUGAGGCAUGUGCGGAGAUGGCUGUGGGAGAGUUAUCGAAGAGCUUAGCAAACAUCUCGAUCAACGAGGGGGAUGGCCAGGGCGAGGAUGGCCGAAGCUUCCCAUCAGCACCUUCUGAAAAUCCCUAUGAGAAUGCUACCAAUGAUCGAGACAUAGAGAAUUCGUUUAAAGAAUACACCAUAAUGGAGUCUACAAGGGAGGAGAACGAGAGAAAUUGCGAGGAGGAUGGAAGAUCUUCUGGCUCUAAGCUGUGGAUGGACUGCGAGGGUUCUAUUGGUGAGUCUAGCAUUCCGAUGGACUGCGAGGUGGAGAAUGAGAAGAAAAGGAAAGACCGCAAGAAGGCUCUUGAGAUAAUGAAGGGAAACCGGUUUGCAGGGCUUCUUGAGCUGAGUGAAAGCAGUGGAGAGGAGACUGUGUUUUCUGGCAAGAAUGGGAGCAAUGAUGAUGGAGGAUAUGGAGAGGAGGAUGCAGGGGAGUUCACGAUGAUGGACUCCUUUGUGGAGGUCAAGAAGGGGGUGUUCCGCAAGAGAUAA